GAAGCAAUCAAGUGGCCAGAACUGAACACCCAUGGCUCUGAUGUCCAUGCGUUGCCAACUAAAUCUACGGGCCGGUCAGGUUUCGGCGCAGAAAAUGAGUCCGAGGUGAACCUCGCACGCGCACCCAGUCCCGGUGGAUACGCCCAUUCCGUAGCCGCCAACUCACUUCCUGAGACCUACGUAAAUUCACCAGACCCAUAUGCCGUCCCUCCCCUCCCACACCUCAACCCCAACCAACCCUACCACGACGACCCCGGGACCUACGGCCAGCCAGACUACUAUGAUCCCUAUCGUGGCCCCGUACCCAACACGUUUGGUGACGGCUUCUCAGAUGGCCAUACUACAGAGACCAUUCAGAUGACGCGGAUGGCCCGGACCAGGAGUCCGGGUCCACAGAUGGGAUACGAUGUGCAAGGUCGUGCGUCCCCAGGUCCGCAGGCGGCCAUGGGGUAUGCACUCGAUGGGCGGUCGGCAAGUCCCGCAAUCGGUGCUGGUAGAGCAUCUCCAGGCCCGCAAACCGCAUAUGGAUACGGGCCGCGAUGA